AUGGAUCAUUCGCACUUAGCUAAACGUUUGGAUACGAGUUCAGCAGAUCAGAUUUCGGGAAAGGGUGAUGAAGGAAGAGCGGCUGCUGCAGGCACAGCAAUCGGGGAAGCAGAAGCAGGGGAUGGGAAGGGGGGGAAGGCAAGCAAGGGUGCUGCUAACGGAGGUGACAGUGGCGGUGGUGAGAGUAAACCAGGGAGUGGCAGAAGCAGCAGCAGUAGCAGCAGCAGGGGCAGCGGCGGAGGCAGCGGCAGCGGUGGCAUUGGCAGCGGUGGCAGUUGCAAGGCACCGUAUUUGAUCCCUGAUUGGGCGGCAGUUCCCAAAGUGCCGUUCAGACUGGAGGUGGUGAAGGAUGGCACCGUGGCCGAGGAGAUGGCCGUCUCUGCCAAGAGCGCAUACAUGUUUGGCCGCAUCGACCGCUGUGACUUUGUGCUGCAGCAUCCCUCCAUCUCCCGCUACCAUGCUGUGAUCCAGUACGGGGACGACAGCGCUGCAUUUCUCAUGGACCUCCACAGCACCCACAAGACGUUCCUCAACAAGCAGCAGGUGAAGCCAGGCACGUUCGUUCCCCUGAGGGUUGGUGACGUCAUCAAGUUUGGCAUGUCGUCACGCCUGUAUCUCUUCCAAGGGCCUCAGGACCUCAUGCCUGAGGAAGGACCGUCGCGCGCAGAGCGGCAAGCAAAGCGGCAGGCUGCAGCAAGGGAGGCGGCAAGGGAGGCAGCGGAGAGGGAGCAGCGGCGGGCCGUGGCAGCAGGACGAGGAGAAGGGGAGGAGCAGGGCGGAGGGGUGUCGUGGGGCAUGCGGGAAGACGCUGAGGCGGAGGAGGGUGUCGUGGGGCACAUGGGAGGAGUGUCGUGGGAAGAUGCAGAAGCGGAUGAGGUGAGAGUGAGAGAGAGUGGCGAGGCUGGGGGGUUGCUCGGAAGUAGAUGGCUCAAGCCCAUGGGGGCCACGUGGGGACGGGUGUGGCGGGGCAUGCGGGAGGGGUGUGGCGGGGCAUGCGGGAGGGGUGUGGCGGGGCAUGCGGGAGGGGUGUGGCGGGGCAUGCGGGAGGGGUGUGGCGGGGCAUGCGGGAGGGGUGUGGCGGGGCAUGCGGGAGGGGUGUGGCGGGGCAUGCGGGAGGGGUGUGGCGGGGCAUGCGGGAGGGGUGUGGCGGGGCAUGCGGGAGGGGUGUGGCGGGGCAUGCGGGAAGAUGCAGAAGCAGAUGAGGUGAGAGCGAGCGGUAGAACGACAGUGGCUUGGAUUGCUCAAAGUACAAACAUAGCGCCUGGGUUCAGGGGUGCACGUGGGGGGAAGGAGAGGGGGAGGAAGAGGGCGAGGGGGAAGGUGGUGGUGAGGAUGGGGAAGAGGGUGAGGGAGAGGGUGAGGGGGAGGGUGAGUGAGAGGGUGAGGGAGAGGGUGAGGGGAAGGGUGAGUGAAAGGGUGAGAGAGAGGGUGAGGGAGAGGGUGAGGGAGAGGGUGAGGGGGAGGGUGAGUGAGAGGGUGAGGGAGAGGGUGAGGGAGAGGGUGAGGGAGAGGGUGAGGGAGAGGGUGAGGGAGAGGGUGAGGGAGUGGGUGAGGGAGAGGGUGAGGGAGUGGGUGAGGGAGAGGGUUGGGGGGAAGGUGGUGGUGAUGAUGAGGGUGUGCAAGAGGGAGAGCUGGGUGGAACGUCAAGAUGGAUGGCAUGGGCACCAGGAGGAGGAGGAGCAGGAGGAGGUGACGUGGCAGACGCAUAAGGGCGAGCUGACCGACAACCAGAGGAAGCUGAAAGAGAAGAUUAUGAAGCGCCUGGAGAAGGUGCAGCACAUGCAGAGGGAGAUGGAUGUGAUAGAGGCGAAGGAGGUGGGGCAGGGAGGGCUCACAGCAGGGCAGCAGACUCAGAUUGCCCGCAACAAGACACGCAUUCAGCAGGUGGGUGGGGAGGGGUAG